AUGAUCAAGAUUAGGUUCUACCGGACUCUCAGUGAGAUUAAGUCGGAAGUGGAGUCCAUCAUCAAGACCGGGCGCAAGAUGGUGGAAGACAAGACCGUCCCCGAGCCGCAGGAGUUCUCGAAGAAGAUCGACAUGCUGAAGGAGCUGUACAACAAGCUCGGCGCACAGAUCACGGAGUCCAAGUCCCGGCUGGAGCACGCGCUGCUCACGGCGCGCGACAUGCAGAGCGACCUGCAGGCGCUGGGCGCCUGGCUGGACGGGCUGGGCGCCGGCGUCGGCCGCCAGACGCUGGAGCUGGAGAUGUCGCGCAUGCAGGCGCUGCGGGACAAGCUCAACGCCAACUACGCCAGCUUCGCAGACACCGCAGACCCUCAGUACGCGGACCGUCUGCGGGAGCAGGUCGACGCCAUCAACGCGCGCUGGGACCAUCUCAAGAAGCACGGCCCGCCCGCGCCCGCCGCGCCCGAGCUACGCUCGACGUCGUGUAGCGAGUUCGAAGACAAGGCCCCGUUGUCGACGUCGACACCUAUCAAGCAAGACGAGCGCAGCAAGCAGUCGGUACAAGUGGUGGCCAUGUCGCCCAAACUGAUCGGCGACCACUUGCCAAAAGGGACUGGUGACCAGUCGCCAACAUUCACCGGCGGUCAGUCGCAGAAGUUGACCGGGGAUCGAUCGCCCGAAACGAUCGGCGACCAAUCGCCCGUAUUGUCAGAAGAUCAGUCGCCCAAAUUAUCUGGCGAACAGACGCCUAUACUGUCGGCCGCCGAGUUUGGCAAAUUGUCAGACGACAAAUUGUCCAAGUCGCUAGAUGAUCAGUCACCUAAGUCAACAGACGAGCAAUCGGUCAAGUCGACCCGUGACGAAACGAGCAAGUCGAGCGAUGAGCAACCGGGCUCGGCGGAGUCGCCGGAGUCGGCGCAGUCGGUGCUGCGCGCGCGCUGGGGCAGCGCGGCGGACGCGGCCGUGCUGGCCUGGGAGGCCGCGGCGCGCGCGCUGCUGCGCCGCAUGGACGUCAUGCUGGUCACCGUCGGCGGCGUGGCGGCCGAGCGCGACCCCGCCAAGCGCCUCGAGAUACUCAAGCACCAGCUGGGCCAGCUCGCGCCCGACGCCGCCGCGCUCAUCUCGCAGGGAGACUCGCUCGUCUACGCCAAGCACAGGGACAGCCCGCUCCUGGCGGACUACAUACAGACACACUUCCAGGAUAAAUUGCGUAACAAAUGGUCGAUGGUGAUGUCGGAGAUCGAGUUGAAACGCAAUCUCGCGCUGCGGGCGGAGGACAACCUGAAGGAGCUGAACAAGAUACUGGAGGAGGCGCAGGCCUGGCCCGCCGGCGACGGCGACGCGCAGGACGGCGCCGAGCUGGGCGCGCGCGAGGCCAGCGUGGAGCGCGCGGGCGUGCUGGCGCGCGAGCUGCGCGCGGCGCACGUG